AUGUCCGAAAAGAAGCGAUUUUCAUUACCAGAUGGAGCACGUUCUCUGACCAGUAAAGUAUUCAGUUCUAAUAUCAAAUCGAACGCCAAUGAAUCAAAUUCAGAUAUUUUAAUUAUUGAACGCAAGAAUUUACUCUGUGUAUUUAAAUUAGUAAUCAAAGACUUACUGAAUUCCAGUUUGAAGCAUGAACGUAUAUUAGAAAAAGAAAGUUUUCCAUUACGACAUUUUUUUAUUGUUUUCGAACAUAUUCUUUUACACGGCUAUAAUGGGAAGAAAAGCAUCAUAAAUACAUCAGCUAAUCGUAAAGAUCUAUGGCCAAUCAUUGAACUUAUCACACGCGAAUCAACUGACACGCAAAUAUUAGAUAUAUCGACAUCAACGAAAGAAAUGACGAAUAUUCGUACGUCAUUAGGACGCGUACGUGCGUGGUUACGCUUAGCACUGAUGCAAAAACAUCUCGCCGACUAUUUCAAGAUUCUUAUCGAACAAAAGGAAGAAUUGAAAGACUUCUACGAUCAGGAAUCGUUGAUUCUAUCAGAAGAAAGUGCAAUUAUCACUGGUUUACUUGUUGGUCUCAAUGUAUUAGAUUUCAACUUUUGUUUAAAAGAGACUGUACUCGAUCAACCCGUGGAAACAUCUAUAGAUUACAGUUUAUAUUUACGUGAAAGACGUAUGCUAUCAUCAACAACAAAAAACGCUCAUCCACCCGGUGCAAUACAAGAAUCGAUUGAUGAAUUAGAUGACUGUUCAUCGUUGUCAUCUAUAUCAUCAUCACCAGCGGUAGGAACAACCGUUCCAAGUGAUAAUAUUUCGUCUGGUGAAUGCAAUGAACCGGACAAUUCAUACGAGCAGCGCCUUGCAAACGUUCUCGACCAGAAACAUUACGUCGAAGAGAUCAAUCGGAAGUUAGAGAGAACAGUAACUAGUCUACAAGAACGUCUGAACAUGUUGGAACAGACAAACAAAAGUUUAACUGAAGAUAGUGCAGCGAAAAAAACACGUGUUGACCAGCUCGAAGAACAAGUAGGGAAACUUACAGCUGAAAAAGAACAGUUAAUCAGUACAUAUCAGCGAAAAAUUGAAACUUUAAAUGCUGAUAUUGAAGUGGAACGAGAAACUUAUCAGAAGUCUCGAACGGGCUUCGACUCGAUCUACAAUCAACUACAAAAGAAAUAUGAAGAUGAACAUGAAUCAAAACAGAGAAUUGAAAGUGUGUAUCAAACUCAAAUGUCGCAAAAUAAUGAAUUUAUGGAAUCGACUAAAGUCAUGGAACAAGACAUAAAAAACAAAACAACGCUGUAUGAUCAAAUGAAAGAAGAUCACGACCGUCUAGUUGAACAAUUUCGAGCUGAAAAAGCUGAGCAUGAGAAGAAAGAACACCAACUACAGAGAAUGGAAAAGGAGAAUCAAAUGCUACGACAAACGAUAAAUGACAUUGAACAAGCUAACAAAUCAAAGCAAGCACUUGCCGACAGAAAUGAGAAAUUAGACAGCGAAAAAACAUCGUUAGAAACUGACCUCCAUGUCGAACGGGAAUGUCAUCAACGGUUACAGAAUGCAUUAAACAAAGAAAAAGAGAAAGUUUCAACGCUUCAAUUCGACAUUCAUGAAUUAAAUCUGACCAAACAAGAAUAUGAUGCAUAUAAAAAGGAAACAACUACCAAACAGAAUGAUUAUGAAAGGAAAUUCCAAGAACAAGAUCGAACUAUUGAAGAAUUAGCACUGAAACUGCAAGCAUCUAUUACACGUGAACAUGAGUUCAUCGAAAAAGACGGUUUGCGGUCUUCCACUUGGGUUAGAGACGAAGAUGUCAAGGAUUGUUAUCAAUGUAAGAAAGAAUUCAAUACAAUUCGACGAAAACAUCAUUGUCGAAGUUGCGGUCAAAUAUUUUGUGAAUCUUGUGUGAGUACCAAACUAACACUAGCGAGUUCCAGCAAACCGGUGCGUGUUUGUGACGCCUGUUGUACACGUAUACUUGCUCAAUGUGCAGUCAAAAGUCCAUGA